AUGACAGAGGAGCCGGUGUUUAUUCAAAAGGGGUCAGUCACCGACAAAUACACCAUAGAUCGCGUUGUUGGGACAGGCAGCUAUGGAAAGGUGUAUGCCGUGACAUCUGCGCAAAAGGAUAAGCUUCUCUGCUGUAAGAAGAUCAUGUACUCCUGUCUCAGCUCGAAAGCAAAGGAGCUAGUCACCAACGAAAUCGAUAUUACGAUGAAGCUCGACCACCCGAAUAUUGUGAAGUACUAUGAAGUGUUCGAUGAUGUGGAUGAAAACAGCUACUCAAUCAUCAUGGACUAUUACAAGAACGGCGACAUGCUCAAAUUUCUGACAGAUCAUAAGAAGCAUGGAAAGAAAAUCGACGAGGAUCUUCUUUGGGCAAUCAUGAUCCAAGUGCUCUUGGCGCUGAGUUACUGUCACUCUCCAUUUAAUGCGACGGGGAAGGCCGUCAUUCACCGCGAUAUCAAGCCUGCAAAUCUGCUCAUCGGGGAUGACAUGCAGGUGAAGCUUGCAGACUUUGGCGUCUGCCGCCUUUAUGAGAAUGCUCAGGAGCAUAUGGCAAUGACGAUUGUCGGGACGCCCAUAUACAUGCCCCCAGAAUCUUUUGAGUCUAGAACAUACACCACAUCCUUCGACAUUUGGUCCCUUGGGUGCACCAUGUACGAAUUGGCUGCGCAAAAGUAUCUCAUCACAGGCCCCACAGACAGAGAUCGUCUCGAGAGGGCGAGGAAAGUGUCGUCGUCGCAGCUGUCAAUACCUGGAUACAGCACUGAGUUUGUCAGGAUCAUUUCAGCCAUGAUAAAGUACCACCCUGACGAUCGACCCUCUGCAUCCGACAUCAUCAAGUCCCCGGAGGUUCAGAGCAUAACAAAGAAGUGGGCCGAAGAGGGGAGAUAUGGUCACAUCAGGAUUGUGGACAGCCCAUCCAUUGCUGCCAACGCGAUCACCAUCAACCUUUUUGGCUUGCACGACUUUUCAAAAUUAGGCGAUGCUGCUGAGGGCCGCGUAGGAGACAGUCAAGAUAAUUGUGCAAAAGCAGUACCUGUUCCUCUGGAUAUUCAGGACGUCAAGAUUGAUCCUGUAAGCCUAGACGUGUCCAAUGCUGCGUUAAAGCCCCUUUCGGCCGGCGAUCUCAACGAUAUAAUCCUCAAAAGUACCACGCCUCUCAUAGACGCAGUAAAAGACAACGACAUAGACGGCGUGAAGCGCCACAUUGAUAGCCAUAAGCGAAAGCAACGCUUGGACGGCAUGACAGCCCUGAUGAUUGCAGCCGUUACUAACAACGUGGAAGCAGGAAGGAUCCUCCUCGAUGACGAGAAGAGAAUGAGGUCACUCUCUGGAUUCACUGCUUUGCUCUAUGCGAUAGAAAACAGAAAUUUGGAGUUUGCCAGGCUCAUGGCUUCGCAUGAAAAGGACAUAAAGGUCGAUAGAAUAUCUCCACGCGCUGCAGCUGAGAAAAUGGGCAUGAAUGAGCUUCUUCCUCUAUUGUAA